AUGCCGCUAGAAGAAGCCCUUGCAGAGCUAGAUACUUUAGGACCUGACAAUACACUUUCGUACCAAGCUCUUGCCAAAAAACAUGGUUGUUGCCGCUCAACUUUAACGCGCUGCCACCACAGCGUAUGCGCGUCGCUUCUCUACCCACGCGAUAAGGUAGAGAUUGUACAGUACGUUAAAUUGCUUACAGAGAGACACCUUAUGCCUACAAGAAAGGUUCUUGUAAGAAUAAUCACGCCUCUGUGCAGGUGGCUGCCAAGCAAUUAA